CCUCUAUGGAGACGUCAUGCAGGAGAAUUACGAGAAUGUGACCUCGCUGGCAUCACCCCGACAUGCCAGUGACACACACACCAGCUUUCUGCCCUCCCCUGCUACACAACACUGCGGGAACAGAGCCCAGGAGCAGAACAGCACAAAUUCUAACAUCAUCUUUCUACUAAGGCAAAACUUGGGUUUAGCUCCAUCCUUGCAAACAGAAGCUGCUUAUGCUCAAACACGGAGCCUACUUCUCACAAACCAUCUCCGACUUGUAAAAUGUUACCCUCUCUUUACCGUCGCCCCGAGAAUUCCUUCUGCCUCGUCGCCUUCACGUACCCCUUACUGAGCCCUGGAGACCCCUAGCGUGUAUCCCACCAGAGCGCUGAUAAGAACGCACCCUUCUGCACCUUUAGUGACACAGCCUACAACACUGAGCACUGACAUGGGGCAGACUCGGUCCCUCAGGGGUCACCUGCACUCUCUGCAUACCACAGUCACAGCUCUGCCAGGCUGCUCCAACUGCUCCCUCCACCAUCCGAUUACAGCUACAGCUGACCCAGGGGCACAGCCGGAGGGCAUGCGGAUAAAUGCUGGGAUUCCCAUCUCUGGAACACAACACAAACAGUAGCAUGUUCCCUUAGUCCUUCCUCAGAUUGAUUAUAGAGUCAUAGGUUUUAUGGCAAGAAGGGAUUAUAAAUUCAUCUAGUCUGACCUCAUGUGUAAGAAGCCAAAGAAUCUCAUCCAAUUACUGUGGGAUUGAGCUGAAUAGCUUGUGCCGGACUGAAUCAUCCUCCAGAAAGUCAUCAAGUCUUGACAUGAAGAUUUGGAGUGAUGGAGAAUCGGCCACUUCCUGUGGUGGUGUGUUUACCUUUGGAACAGGGGCCACAGCAGGAGCUUUGCCGUGGCAAUCCCGGUCACCCUUAAAGGUUGGGAAUCCCACAAAACACCUCCUAUUAUCACUUUUCCACUUCUCCUUACUCUGGUGCUAGAAAACACAGUACGACAUCAGUGACAAGAACUUUCAUCCAAGUCCGGACACAAAAGAGUCCUUGUCUCUGCAUAAAAGAUAAAGGACUCAGUUCCUAAACAGCAGGGCCUGCGGACCCCAGUUUGAGAGAUGCUGCACUGACAUAAGAACGUAAGAGCGGCCAGACUGGGUCAGACCAAAGGUCCAUCUAGCCCAGCGUCCUGUCUUCUGACAAUGGCCAAUGCCAGGUGUCCCAGAGGGAAUGAACAAAACAGAGUUUCCAGUUCCCAAAUCUGAUGUGAUCUCCCAGUUGGAAGGAGAGGUAAAGCCAGGGGUCCCAGAUGUCCAGGGCUCAGAGGAAAGAGAGAUUUGGAGGGAUGCCCACACAGCAGGUAAUGGGAUGUUGAAUGAGAACGAGGAGCAGAAACCUCAGCAGGAAGAUGCUAAGCAAGUGGGACCAUACGUGGGGUUAUCACAAAGCUCCAAAGGGGAUGUGUCCAUGAGUCAUGAGCAGGGAACAGCCUGUGAGAGUGAGCACAGGCCAGAGAGAGAGCAGGGAAACCAGACAGGAGAGAACAUGAGUAUAUCCAUUGAUUACUGGGAAACUCCCAAGGACCAGAAGGAAACCACAGUCCAGAAGAGAAACCCUACAGGAGAGAGAAACAACAUAUGCACUGAGUGUGGGAAACGUUUCAGUAGCCGCUCACACCUUAGAGAACACCAGAGAAUUCACACAGCGAAGAGAUCCUAUGAGUGCGGGAAAACCUUCCCGCUGAGCUCACGGCUCAUUGCACCUCAGAGGCUCCACACAGGAGAGAGACCCUCUGAAUGCUGUGAGUGCGGGAAAACCUUCACUCGGAGUUCGUCCCUUAUUGCACAUCAGAGGAUCCACACAGGAGAGAGACCCUAUGAAUGCAGUGAGUGCGGGAAAAACUUCAGUAGCCGCUCAGGCCUUUUUGACCAUAAGAGAAGCCACAGUGGGGAGAGACCCUAUGAAUGCUGGGAGUGCGGGAAAACGUUCGCUCGGCGCUCACACCUGAUUACACAUCGGAGAAUCCACACAGGAGAGCGCCCCUAUGAAUGCCACGAGUGCGGGAAAACCUUCUCUCAGCUCUCAGUCCUUAUUAGACAUAAGAGAACCCACACGGGAGAGCGUCCCUAUGAAUGCUGCGAGUGUGGGAAAAGCUUCACUCAGAGCUCAUCCCUUAUCACACAUCAGAGAAUCCAUACGGGAGAGAGACCCUACGAAUGCCACGAGUGCAGGAAAAGCUUCACUCGAAUCUCUGCUCUUGUUACACAUCAAAGCACGCAUGUGGGAGAGCACCCCCUUAUGAGUGCGGGAAAUGCUUCACUCGGAGCUCAACCCUUAUUAGCCAUGAGGGAGUCCACACAGGAGAGAGACCCUACGAAUGCUGGCAAACCUUCACUCGCUGCUCACACCUUAUUACACAGAGAAUCCACAUGGGAGAGCGACCUUAUGAAUGCUGCGAGUGUGGGAAAAGCUUCAGUCCGAGUUCAUCCCUUAUUAUCCGACAUCAGAGAAUCCACACAGGGGCGUGAUCCUAUGACUGCUGUGAGUGUGGGAAAACCUUCACUUGGCUUAUUGCACAUCGGAGAAUCCAUGCAGGUGUGUGCCCCUAUCAAUGCUGCUAGUGCUAGUGCAGGGGAAGUGUCGCUCAGUGCUCAGCCCUUCCUGCACGUCGGAGGAUCCACACAGGAGAGAGACCCCAAAGAUGCUUCUUGGGAGAAAAGCUUCCGUCAGCCCUCAGCCCUUAUUUACCAUCCGAGAAUGCCCCAGGGAGAUCAACGUUACAAAAACCUUGUCUAGAGCUAACAAAACAUUGUUUUCUUUAAUACUUUUGCUGAUUCCCACAUCGUGGCCUGUCAGGUUGUUUGAAUCAUUUGCCUCACCGUGGUCUCUCAAAUCUAUCAGUGAGUUGCCCUCUUGUGCCUUUUAAAGCUCGCCAUUCUUUGGGGUGAGUCCUCUUGCUCUAUCAACUCCUUUGUCUUAUGAAUCAUGGGAGUGUGUCCCUCUCCUACCAGGACAGUCCCACAGCCCCAGGUUGGGGCGUUAAGGCUGACAGCAGUGAACUCCACUGACAUAAAAUCUACCCGAUAUUGCCAGGUAAAAACACAACUAUUCUUUCAGUAAAAACAUAGUCUGUGUAUAAUGGCUGCGAUUAUCUAGCACACUUCCUCGUGGCCUGAUCUAACCUCGAUCAGUUCUCCUAGUCUAAACAAUCCUGGAGCAUCACAUUUACACAAAAACAACGAGGAGUCCAGUGGCACCUUAAAGACGAACAGAUUUAUUUGGGCAUCAGCUUUCGUGGGUAAAAAAAAAACCCACUUCUUCAGAUGCAUCUGGCCGCAGGGUGCUUUGGGAAGGGUUUGCAGUGUCUCAUGGAGCAGGCACAUUUAUACUGUUCCUCUCACUGCAAAGUAAUUGUUACAGUCAUCUAAUUCCCUCUUCGUGGACAGAUUGUCUCAUUCCCAGUUGUUCUCACGUUGCCUUGGGUUGUGCUGAAUGCGGGGAGGGGGUGUAUUGCUUUUCUUCUUUAAAAUAUAUUUAAAUAUAACAGAGAA